AUGUUGUCCAACCACUCUUCCGAAUUUGGCGGACUGGUCGAAAACCAGCCCAGGCGCAAGAGGCCUGUGGUGUCGUGCAAUGAGUGCCAUAGACGAAAGCAAAAGUGUGAUCGUCUCCAACCAUGCGCCAACUGCACCAAGAGAGAUAAGAUGCACCUCUGUGUCUAUACACAUGUUCAGGAAGAGCCAUUUCUUGACUCAGGAGGAGUUCAGGACCUUGGCAGGGCCUCCAACUUCUCCUCCUGGGCUAUUGACAGUCAAUCGGAUCAGCCACAACUAAGGACCUCAUCCGACAGUCAUCAGCAAAGUGUCUCUAAUUAUCUCGGCUACUCGGGGAACCACACUACUGGGACUUUGGCUCUUAUGAGAAUGGCAGGGAUGCCGGAGCACAUUCCUGCUCUCUCUCACCAGGAGACAACCAAUCAGAACAGUGUCAUGGCCACCCGAUACAAGAGCCUUAUCCGCCAAUUACCACCACAGAGGCAUAUUGAAGUGCUGUUGCGAUUCUUCUUCUCCGAGGUAGCAUGGUACUACGACAUCAUAGAUCAAGCUUCAAUCACAGAGCAGCUUAGCUCUUGGAACCAAGUCCCAUACUCAACGAUCAGCCAGGGUCCUUUCAGUCUGCCGCCUGAUGCCCGCACUUUUCCCGCACUUCUCUUUCAGCUUCUAGCACAUGCACUGCUAUUCCUGCCCGCCAAAGAUGCCCAUGUUCUCAACCAGCUCAAAUACGUCCCGGACAUGGCAUAUGCGGACCUAGCAAUCGAGUAUAGCGAUGCCGGAAGUGCCAUUGCGUCAAUGCUCGGGAAUAGAAACACGACCUUGGCAAAAGUACAGGCAGGCCUAUUGAGAGCAUCGUUUCAAAAGAGCACAGGGCUCGUAGCGGAAGCCUGGCACACUCUCGGGGGCACGAUUCGAGAUGCGCAGGAAAUUGGGCUGCAUUGCGUGGGCUCAGUCUCGCUUGAUGAUGCGUUGGACCGAAGUGACGCUAUCAGCCCAUCAAAUUGCUUGCGAGAUGUUGGGAUGCGAACAAAACUCUGGCUGAUGCUACACCUGUGGGACGGCCAUAUGGGCGUCGUCCUUGGAAGGCCAAUGUCCACCAAAGUGGACUUCAACAGCUUGAUGUCAUUAUUUGAGGAUAUAGAAGGAAGGGAGGAGUUGACCCAAGGGCACGAAGGUGGCGAGAGCCAACGGCUAACGCCGUUUUCUUUUAUCUUAUGUGGCUACCGAACUGCGUAUAGGUACCUGCAAGACAUUCACGAACUGGAAUCCUCUGGUAGUUCAAGCCAAGACAAGCAGCAAACAAUCGAACGAAUACAUGCCGCCAUUACUGACAACAUGCGCUGCCUACCAGAAUGGGCUCGGGCCAAAAACAACAGCAACGAAUACUGUCACCACCCUUGGCUUCCGGCCGCCCGCGAGACCCUACUUACCGAGGUUCACUUUACCCUGCUCGCACUGCAUAGGCCCUUUAUCUUCUCCAUUGCCAGUAGCAGAGACAAAGCACACAAAGCGGCGCUCCAGAUCCUAGCGUCGCAGGACCGGCUUUUCAGCAUGACAGAGCCACGAGAAUACCUGCCCUUCAAUCUGGUCUUUGCAACGUUUGACGCCAUGGUCCUAAUUGCCACAAUCUACAUCCUGUUUCCAAACGAGAACUUGGAGCAGCUCGAUGCUUCUCUUCGCAGCAUUGAGUGGGGUCUAAGGAGACUGGACGCUAUGAAGACAUGUAACAAGAUGGCUGACUUGGCAUUUGACGUCGUUCAAGCGCUCUAUACGAAGCUUGUGGAUCACCUCCACUCGGGAGGCCGGCUACACCUCCAAGUUGACCCGGACGGGAGCUCGGUACAGCAAAGUGCUAGUAUCACGCCCGAAUUGUUCCUUGGGGCGUCAUCUGGGGAGCUGGCGGCAUCGCAAUUCGGAGUCUUGCCGCAAAAUCUCGCGGCUGUUCCACCACCACAGCCUUUGCAUGAUUUGGUCCUCCAGACUUUCUCAGGCAGUGGCGAACUCUCUGUUGAGCAACUGUCGAGGCAGCCACCGCAGAACUUGCUGGAUGAUGAUGAAUUCUGGCGGCUGAUCGGCUAUAUUCCUGACUGA